CACCACAACUGUCAUACUACAACCACAACAUUCAAGAUGUCGUUCCUGAUCAAAUCCGCCCCCUUACGCCACUUCCCUCUGCACCCCCUCGUCCUCGCCCCUAAACGCACCCACUGGAACAAGGACUACAAGCCUGGUCCAUACCCAUACAGCAUGGAGGAGAAACGUCUGGCGGCCGAAAAGUACAACCUUCAUCCGGCUGAGUACCGAGCUUACCCGGACGACGGAUUCGGCCGAGGAGACUACCCCAAACUCCCAGAUCUUGGUUACGAGUCCAGGGAUCAUCACUACCCGUGGGACAACCCAGAACACUUGCGCAAUUUCGGCGAACCUCUUCACGCAGAGUUCGGUUUGGUGAGGCAAGAUCGGCUGAAUGUUGGCGUGAAAAUGAGGUACCCGUUGUGGCUGCAAGUUCUGCAGUUUUUUGGAGCCAUGUUGGCUUCAGCUGGACUUUUUUGGUUCUUUGAGAAGUUUAAGGCCUUUCAUCCCGUAAUACCGACGCAGUGUCCGGAGGACGGAGUGACGCACUACACGUUCGAGCCGGAAGAGGAAGGAAAGCCAGGAAAGAGUAAAUGAGUGCAAAUAUAUUCUUCUAACGGAACAUUUUUUUGUAAAAGUAAAGUUUUGGUAAUAAUAAAA